GCUACACGUCGGGUAUUGCGCGUAUCCGCGUAUUUUAUCUCUCACACACAUACAGACAUUUCGUGUGAAUCCAGAAAAUAUCUACGAAUAUGACGGCGGGGAAAUUCUGAUACACACACGUACGUGUUUUAUUAUUCGCUAUGAGAAAAAUAAAAAAAUAAAAGUGACACUUCUUCGUUCACAAAAAUAAUGCCGUGUGCUAGACCAACGUGCUGAAUCCCAGGGAUGGAUGUUCCUCUGUUGAAGAGAUCAAUGAUGGUGGUCUAAUUUCAACCUAUUGUUCCUCGAUAUCACGAUGUUGAUCAUUUAGCAAUCGAGGGGAGAGAAUCGAGGGAAAAAUCCAGGUCUUCAAGAUGGGAUUCAACGAGACGCAGAUGGAAGACCUGGAUAACCUGACGAACUCAUCGAAAUACUUUCUUUUCAACAUCGAUCAACGGAACACAAGCACGGAUCACCACGAGAUCGAGUUCAUCCUCUUUUUAACCAUCAAGGCUUUCAUCAUGGGAUUUAUCAUCAUCUGCGCGCUCUUCGGCAACCUGCUGGUCAUCGUCUCGGUUAUGCGGCAUCGCAAGCUCCAAGUGAUCACGAACUAUUUCGUGAUGUCGCUGGCGCUCGCGGAUAUGCUGGUAGCUUUGUUCGCGAUGACGUUUAACGCCUCCGUGGAACUUUCCGGACGCUGGCUAUUUGGCUACUUUAUGUGCGACGUGUGGAACUCCCUGGAUGUUUUCUUCAGCACCGUCAGCAUUCUCCAUCUUUGCUGCAUCAGCGUGGACCGAUAUUACGCUAUCGUUCAGCCGCUGGACUACCACUCGAUCAUGACGAACGUGAGAUUGGGAAUCAUGCUGAGCAUCGUGUGGUGUUCGCCGAUAGUUAUGAGCUUCCUGCCGAUCUUCGCCGGCUGGUACACCACGAAGGAACAUCUGGAAUAUAGGAAGAACUAUCCGGAUGUGUGUGUGUUCCAAGUGAACAAGUUGUACGCCGUAAUCAGUUCCAGCGUCAGCUUCUGGGUGCCGGGGAUAAUCAUGAUCGCGAUGUACUACAAGAUCUACCGGGAGGCCGAUCAUCAGGAGCGCGUAAUGUAUCGGAGCAAAGUGGCGGCCGCAUUGUUGAACAAGCAUUUGCAAAUCAACGGGAUUUCGGCUGGCCUAACUACUCUCUCGACUGUGGAGCAAUCAUCACCCGAUCCGCAACCGGAGGUGCCGCAGAUGACGAGUAGCAGCAAGAUGAAAAGAGAACGGAAGGCUGCCAGGACGCUCGGAAUUAUCAUGUCGGCGUUUCUGGCCUGCUGGCUUCCUUUUUUCCUCUGGUAUCUCAUCACGUCGCUGUGCGACUCGUGCGAGAGCAGCGAGGUUGUGGUGGCCGCGGUUUUUUGGGUGGGAUAUUUCAACAGCGCCCUGAACCCGCUCAUCUACGCGUACUUCAACCGCGAGUUCCGCGCGGCGUUUCGCAAGACCCUGGAGAGCUGCUGCCGCGCAAUCGGGCCGGUGCACGACCUGCGCAUGCAGGUACACCGGAAGCAGGAUUUGGUGCACAGCAACGCCUCGUCCGAGAUGCACGUCAAUAAUCAGCUGCGCUGCCACAGCGAGUUGACGAACGUCCACAUCGAGGCGUGCAUUUAAAGCUUAAACGUGAGGGGAACGUUUUUUUCGGAAAAUAUUGAAGAAGAGAAAUAGAACCGGCGGAGAGAUAGACACACGAAUGUGUGAGAAAUAUAUUAGACUGAUAUGAAAAAGAAACAUUAAUUUUCUUUGUUUUCUUAUGUCAAAGAACAAUUUAACACAGUAAAAUAUAUAUUUUUUUUUUUUCUAUAGUACAUCGAUAUUUGAAAUAUGAAACAAAACUGUAAGAUCUAAUUCGAGGAAACUUUGAUUUCACUCUUGUUGAAAGUAUUUUAACGACAUACGUGUUACUUUUUUUUUAUAUCAAGGUAAAGUAAGAGGCAAAACAAACUUCAAAAUCAACUCGAUAAUAUAGAAAAGUAAGAUAUCAUUUCUAUACCACUAUGUUCAUGUCUUUCUUUGUGGUCUGUUUCGACUGUUUCCUUCGCGAUAUACACGUGUGAGAUUGAGAAAAAACUGAGUUAAAUUUACGUAAAAAAGAAGAGAAAAUAUUGUAAAUAUCGGAUAUAUGAAAAAGUUCGUCGUCAAAAUUAAAAAAAAAAAAAACGCACACAAACAAUAUAGACAUAAAAUAUUGAAGAUACAGCUAAAUACCGAAGAUAAUUUGCGAAAUAUGAGUGGUCUCUAAGAUUAAACAGGAUUUGUACACAUGCUUGUUUCGUUCUGCAGUCGACCUAUUUUGAGGGAACGUAUUCGUCUCAGGAGAUCUAUUUCUGUAGCGUUCUAUCAGGUCCGUAAAUAAGGUUCUUGUUCGUUGGCAGAUUGAUGUUUCGAUUCAGUAGUAAUAUUUUAGCGACGGCCCGAUAACGUCGGGACAAACUUACCGGUCAACUAUUCGAUCCGCGUUGUACGUGAAUCUUAUUUAUUUUUGUUAAUUGGCAUUGCAUUAAGUUUUGAUAAUAUAUAGCGUCUUCUAAUUAAAAUCUCAUCGAUUCGAAAUUAAUCGAGCAAUAACUUCGAUUAUUGCUGCUGUUUAAUACGUUUCACCGUUUAUGAGAAAUUGUAAACAAACAUUGUAAACACACCAAAAAAAUGAGGAUUACGGUUAUAGAGAUUAUUAUGUUACACGGAUAUUUCAUCCCAUUUACACGAAAGAAAUCCUUAAAAGACGAAGGAAGAAACAUAAAAAGACAGUCCUCCGACCAAAAAGAAGGACUGAAGCGAGUUUAAUCGUAUAAGAUUAUAAGGGAUCACUUUGUACAUAAUCACUUUGCGGCGGCACACUUUGUUAUAAUCAAAGAGACUUACAAGUACGAAAUGUUAUAUAUUAUACUUACAGAGAUGUAAAAAAAAAAAAAUAAUAAUA